UAUUUUCCCAAAACAACACACUCCCAAUUCUGUGUUUUGCUUCUUGCACAAGACUUAGGCUUACAUCCUGCAGGCUUCCUAUGUAACAUUAUCUAUUUUGUACUUUUAAAACAUCACAAAAGGGCACCAUACAACUCAUAGACACACUAUAUGUAUGUAAGGUGUUCAGUAACAGUGUUAGGUAACUGAGCAUAGUUUUCUGGCCUUUCCUGAGGCACAUUUCUGUGUAUCCACCAGGUUCCUCUGAGCUCUGAGCUGCUCAUAUCUCUGCACGGAUAUCAAGCAGCUGCUGCUGUCCGUCUGCUUCGGUAAACCAUACAUGCACAGUACUGACAGACAGUGUGGUGGUCAGGCCUCGUACACACACGCUGUGGAAAUCUGUCCUGUGAAAGACAAACUGCAGGGAUUUUAACAUAAAGGUGACGGAUGAGAUUUCGAACCCGGUUUGAAAUGCAGCUUUCUUUAACUAUGAAGCUUCUUGAAAACAUUCCAGUGCUGCAGAUUUUCCUGCUGCUGCUGCAUCUCAGCCUGAUCAACGGCGUACAGAGAGCUCCUAAAAUCACCACCUUACUUGAGACAGUUGAUGCCUUACUGGAUCAUAACGCUACUUUUAUAUGUGAGGUGGAUUCACAUCCUCUAGCAGAUAUAACGUGGAUGCGAAAUAAUUAUCCUAUACGGCACUAUGACUCCCGAUACAUUAUUAGAGAAAAUGGCCAGAUGUUGAUCAUUCCCAAUGUGAGGGAUACAGACAGUGGAGAAUACUGUUGCACUGCCGAUAACGGGAUUGGAGAACCAGCCAAAAGCUGUGGGGCUUUGCAGCUAAAGAUGAAGCCACAGAUUAAGAGACAUCCAACAAACGUGACAUUACUAUUAGAGUCCAAGGCAGUAUUGCCAUGUGUAACAUUAGGAUAUCCCAAACCAGAAGUGUCCUGGCUUAAAGGUGAUGAUUUAAUAAAGAUUGAUAGCCGAAUAUCGAUUUUGGACAUUGGGUCCUUAAAAAUUCACAACAUCAGGAAAGAGGAUGCCGGACAGUACCGAUGUGUGGCUAGGAACAGUUUUGGGAUUGCUUAUUCAAAACCGGUCACCAUUGAAGUACAAGCUCCUGCUAAAAUACUUAAAGUUCCCAAAGAGCAGAAAGUGCAGCUUGGAACUAAAGUGGCCUUGGAGUGCAAUGCCACUGGAAAUCCUGUUCCUUCUAUCACUUGGCUGGAAAAUGGAAAUACAAUUGCAGGGGCAUCGGUGGAGGAGACGCUGGUUGGGGAGGUGAUAGUCUCCGUCAUGCGUGUGGUGGUAAAUAAACCGGCUCUUUACACAUGCCAGGCCACUAAUCAACACAGCGGAGGAGCUAAUACUGUCAAAUCUACUGUCAAGAUCACUGUCUCAGAUUGGAGGCUGUACAAAGGUAGUGCUGGUUACUGCAGUAUGUACCGGGGUGAAGUGUGCCGUGGGCUGUUGCGACGCUCAGCACUUGUCUUCUUUAAUUCUUCUCUGCCGGAGCCAGAGCAGGCUCAGGAGUUCUUGGCUCAUGGAGGCUGGGCUGAACUCGAGGGAACAAGCCUUCUGUGCCAGCCUGCAGCUCGCUCACUGCUCUGCCAUGCUGCUUUCCUGGACUGCAGCCCAACAGGACUUGGUCCCACACCCAAACCUGUCUGCAGGGAGCACUGUCAAGCUGUGAAGGAGCUCUACUGUUAUAAGGAAUGGCACUCGAUGGAGCAGAGGAAUCACAGAGGAAUCAUUUCUCCAAGCCUGAGUCUCACUUUGCCAGACUGUGAAACUUUGCCCAGCCAGCAUGCAGCUCCAGCAUCAUGCACUGCUGUAGCGUUUGUAGAAAUGAAGAAAGACCAAAUCACAACAACGUGCUACAAUGAUAGAGGAAGGUUUUAUCAAGGCAAUCACAAUGUCACAGCAUCUGGUAUUCCUUGCCAGCGAUGGGACCAGCAGGAUCCUCACCCUCACAGGCUGACUGUGGACGUCAUACCAGAGCUGAAGGAUGCUGAGAACCACUGCCGCAAUCCUGGGGGGGAGAGCGACCGGCCGUGGUGCUACUCCACCAACCCCAGUAUACGCUGGGAAUACUGCCUUGUGCCCAAAUGUACAGAAGUUACCAGUGUGAAAAUGCCACUUGCUCCAAAAAUGGGCCCAUCAAACCCCAUGCCUGCUACUGUGUCUACUGGCUACUACAUGAGUGUUAUCAUAUUCAUCAUGGCUGGAUUUGCAGGUGUAGCUUUCUUCACUAUCAUUCUGCUUAUGUGUCUCAAGAGGAGAAAAAGGUGGAAGCGUCGAAAAAGCAGGGCCAUGGAGGCGCCAACUCUCACCGCUCUUCCCUCCGAGCUGCUGUUAGACAGACUGCACCCGAACCCCAUGUACCAGCGCCUUCCUCUUCUGCUCAAUUCCAAACUUCUGGCGCUUGAGUACCCGCGUAACAACAUUGAAUAUGUGCGUGACAUCGGAGAAGGGGCCUUCGGACGAGUGUUUCAAGCAAGAGCUCCAGGGUUGUUAACACAUGAGGCAUUCACUAUGGUGGCAGUAAAGAUGCUAAAGGAGGAGGCCUCAGCUGACAUGCAGAACGACUUCCAGAGAGAGGCAGCUCUCAUGGCCGAGUUUGAUCACCCCAACAUUGUCCGGCUACUGGGUGUGUGUGCUGUAGGGAAGCCCAUGUGUCUAAUGUUUGAGUACAUGGCGCAUGGAGAUCUAAAUGAGUACCUGCGGCGACGUUCUCCAGUCCAGCAGCGCACUCUGAGCCAGGGAAGUCUGAUGUGGCCCAGUUCCCAGUCCUCUGAGCCUGAUCCGUGUCCACUCAGCUGCCUGGAUCAGCUUUCAGUAUCCAAGCAGGUGGCAGCAGGCAUGGCGUACCUGUCUGAGCGCAAAUUUGUGCACCGGGACUUAGCCACAAGGAACUGCCUUGUUGGUGAGAACCUAGUGGUGAAGAUUGCAGACUUUGGCCUGUCGCGGAACAUCUACGCAGCUGACUACUACAAAGCGAGUGAGAAUGACGCCAUUCCUAUCCGCUGGAUGCCACCCGAAUCAAUCUUCUAUAACCGCUACACUACUGAGUCAGAUGUCUGGGCUUAUGGAGUGGUGCUCUGGGAGAUCUUUUCACAUGGUAUGCAGCCCUACUAUGGAAUGGCCCACGAGGAGGUGAUAUACUAUGUCAGGGAUGGCCAUGUGCUGCUAUGCCCAGAACAUUGUCCUUUGGAGCUCUAUAACCUGAUGCGUUUGUGCUGGAGCACCCACCCGAGCGACCGGCCAAGCUUUGCUAGCAUUCACCGCAUCCUGGAGAGGAUGAAUAACCAGAUGCUUCAGUCUAGCAUGAACUGAGGCAAUAAACAAAUCUACAGCUAAGAAAGCUAAGAAACAAUCAUUGACAAACAAAGGUAUCCACAGAUUUAUCUCCUCUGAGGUUUCGUGUACUGAUAAGGUGCAAACUCUGCCUAACAGUCAAGUGAAAUCAAAAGUUAAAUACUAAGGAGACACUACGCAGGGUCCAAAUGUUUGAGUCCACUACCAAUAACUGUUAUGAAAAAUAAAUACAAUUUCAUUAAACAUUUCUUUUCUUCUGAUAAUUCUACAUGGUGAUACAGUAGGCAGAGUUGCCACCUCACAGGUCCAGCAUCCCCAAAUCAGGGUUGUCCAAUAUUAUCUACAAAGGUUAAAUGAAGGUGCAGGAUUUCAUUCCAACUAAGCAUGAUGUUGCAUGAUGAAAUAAUUUUUGCUUUAAUAGAAUUUAAAUCUUUAUCGUUUUCUCUAUCCGAGCUUGUCUUUGGGUUUAUUACCAGCCAUUCAAACAUACUUUGAGCAUGAAAUUAAAUCGAUCUACAUAUAACAAAAAUUGACGAACACUAUGUUUUUGUAAUAUAACAUGUUGCUACUUUCAUUACUGACAUACAAACCUUUAUUCUGUAAUAUUGAAUUAAAUCUGUGAACACAUUAUAGGAAAUCUAAAAUGACUUAAUACUGCACAAGUCACAAAAUAAAAAUCUAUUAUAAUAUGAUCUGUACUAAAUAAUGGCAUAAGACAUUUCACUUGGUAGUGGACUCAAGUUUUUGGACUCCACUGUAGGUCAUUGUGAGACACUUGGAAUUUGUACAGGAAGUGGUGCAAUACCAAUGUCUGGACAUUGUACUUGUCAACUGGUCAUAGCUGAAACACUCCUGUGUCUAAAGAUUGAACGAUGAAGAAAACUUUUUUACCUUUUUGAUAUUGUUUAUGUUUUUCUUUGUGCAUUCUGCCAUUACUGAGUUCCUACAAACCGUAUUUAUUGAUUCUAUGUAUAAAGUAAAGGUAUGAAAGGUUAAGUGGAGCACACAGGAUAUUUGAUGAUGUUGCAGUAUUGCUUGAAUAGAGUAGAAUAUUCCCGAAUGGCACAUUAUCACUUUACUAAUGUUUGUGUUUGAACCAUUUUUACAACUAACUGACUUUGAUUUGGUUUUAUUAGCUAAUCCUCAACACUAAGUUGUUGUGCCAACUUUGGUUUUUACAGAACCCAUGAAUUCACUUGAAUACUGGAUUCUUUGUGUAGAAAUCGAUACCAUGUGUAAAAGAUUGCGUUCGGUGUGAAAUGGACGGAUGUCUAGUCAGACGGUUGUACAGGCUUCGCAUUUCAUCCCAAAGACUCUCGACUCUGCAGGCAUUUAACACAAUACAAAUGAUCAUCUUCCUGGAACUAUUCAGUUCUAGUAUCAUUCUGCAAGUAUCCAUCCAAUUGUUCAAUGAACUGGAUCAGCGUUGAUGUUUAGCUCCACCGUGCAUUGCAGAAAUUGUUUAAUGCGUAUCAGGGGCCCAUAUAAUGUAUACAUACAUGGAAAACAUUCCCACACACCAUCAUGCCAGUGACAUAUCACAAUUCAAUAGGAGUGAUCAUCAUCCAAAAAACUUGGAUUCAUCCAACCAGGCAACCCACGCCUUAUCAGUCCAGAUUUGAUGCAUCUGUUCUCAUUGUAGAUGUACACUCUUGUUCUGCCCCUGACAACACUGACACCUCCCAUGUUUUUUGGCUGCUCUAGUGCAUUUGAGACCAGAGAGUCUAGUACGUCAUGCCUUCUAGGAUGGCAUUCUGUACAGCAGUGAUGAUUUUGCAUGGGAUUUGCCAGAUUGUGGCUCUAUUUGUUCAACAUUCUGCUCUGACUCCUCUACUCAGAUCCAAAAGAGGUUUUCAUCUACAGUUAAUUUUUUUCUUACCUUAUUAAUGCAUGAAAACCAACAGCCAACUAUUGCAACAAUCACAUUAUUUAUACCAAGCACGGCAGUCACAAGACAUAUGACCUGGAACUGUAUGAAAGGUACAAAUUGUGUGAAGGGGUGAUGUACUGUAGUUCACCUUGUGACAGAAAUAGUAUUGCUUUUCUUUUAAUAAUAUGUUAAAUAAUAAAUUUACAUGUUCAAGCUGUAUAAACCAACCAUUUUGGUAUAAAAUAAACACAAUAAAAUAAGUGAAAUAUAAACGAUGUG